CCCUACCUCACCAUGGCGGAGCCCUCGCCGCCGCCGCCGCCACCGUCCAACUCCGGCCUCCGCAUCCUCCUCACCAAGGCCCGCGCGCCCACUUCCUCUCCAUCCACGUCCGCCGCCGUAUCCAGCCACGCCGACCGCGACCGCAUCAUCGGAGUGUUCCGGACCGCGCUGGCCAGGAAUGAAUCUCCGGAAGCUUUCGCGCUCCAGGCAGUCCAGGAAGCAAUUAAGCCCCAGAAGCAAACGGUGCUGGUGCUCGAGGAGAACCAGUCCUUGGAGAACGCGCUCCGAAGGCUGCUGCAGGAACUCGUUUCAUCUGCGGUCCAGUCGGAUAAAGGAAUUAUGCAAUAUGGGAACUCGUUGGAUAGCGGAGAGAGUAAUUGCCUGAUAACGCGUCUUCUUGAUAUCAUGCUUUACCUUUGUGAAAGAGGGCAUGUUGAGGGUGGUAUGGUGUUCCAGUUGUUAGAAGAUUUGACAGACAUGUCGACUAUCAAAGACUGCAAAGAUGUCUUUGGGUAUAUUGAGAGCAAACAGGAUAUCUUAGGGAAGCAAGAACUGUUUGGGCGUGGCAAGUUGGUUAUGCUCAGGACUUGCAACCAACUUCUUCGAAGGCUUUCAAAGUCAAACGAUGUGGUAUUCUGUGGACGUAUUAUCAUGUUUCUGGCACAUUUCUUUCCGUUAUCGGAGCGCUCAGCUCUCAACAUUAAGGGAGUUUUCAACACAUCAAAUGAAACAAAGUAUGAGAAAGAUGCCACCGAUGGAAUUUCUGUUGAUUUCAACUUCUACCAGACCCUGUGGAGUCUACAGGAGCAUUUCAGGAACCCAGCUUUGACUACUACAAACCCAACAAAAUGGCAAAAGUUUGCUUCUAAUUUAACGGUCGUGCUAAGCACAUUUGAAGCUCAGCCUCUCUCCGAUGCUGAUGGAAAACAUAAUAACCUUGAGCAAGAGGAAGAUGCUGCUUUCAAUAUUAAGUACCUUACUAGCAGUAAAUUGAUGGGCUUAGAGUUGAAAGACGCGAGUUUUCGACGGCACAUCCUUGUCCAGUGCCUUAUAUUUUUUGACUAUCUCAAGGCACCUGGAAAGACUGACAAAGACGGUCCAUCUGAGAGCAUCAAAGAGGAAAUCAAAUCCUGUGAAGAGCGUGUUAAGAAUCUUCUGGAGAUGAUUCCACCAAAAGGGAAGGAAUUCCUACAAAGCAUUGAGCAUAUUCUUGAACGGGAGAAAAACUGGGUUUGGUGGAAGAGAGAUGGAUGUCCAGCAUUUGAAAAACAACCUUUUGAAAAGAAGAAAACGGAUCAAGCUGUUGGCAGAAAACGUAAGCUAAGGUGGAGACUGGGAAACAAAGAACUUGCCCAACUGUGGAAAUGGGCAGAACUAAACCCUAAUGCUUUGACUGAUCCUGACCGAGUCCGGCCACCAGUAAUUGCAGAAUACUGGAAACCACUUGCAGAAGAUAUGGACACAUCUGCUGGAAUUGAGGAGGAGUAUCACCACAAAAAUAAUCGUGUUUAUUGCUGGAAAGGUUUACGGUUUACAGCCCGACAAGAUCUGGAAGCAUUUUCUCGAUUUUGUGACUACGGAAUUGAAGGGGUUGUACCUCCAGAACUCUUGCCAGCCGACGUGCGUGCAAAGUUCAACUCGAAGCCUGGAGAGAAGGCGAAACGGCCUAAAAGGGAAGAUACAAAAGGCACUUCAUCUCACCCCAAGGAGCCACAGGUUGCUGCGGCUACACCUGACACCGAUGGUGGCGGCAGCGGUGACCAGGAAGAAGGCGCCGUGCCAAUGGAUUCCGACAACCCCGCGGUAGAUGAUGGCCAGAAGCGGAGCCCAGGCGAAGUCUCUGGGCCGGAGUCUGGACAGUGCGAAGCUGAAGAUGACGGCGAAGAUAAUAACUCGAAAACUGCGCAUAGUAGAGACUCUCGGUAGAAACCGGAAAAUUCCUCCCAAGGAGAUGUUGUAUCAUGUUUGCAACGGUUUUCAUUGAAACUGCCAUUUUGGGGGAGACUAUAAGCUGAGACUUGUAGUUAGCACUAAGCACACCCGAUGCACUAAUGUUUCCCCUAACACUAGUCAGAUACCAUGUUUUAGCCUGACAUGUACAGUCUACAUAGCAACUCUCAAGUUAUAUUUGAUCGCAGGCCCAUUUCAGUAUUUU